AUGACGCUGAAUACAGACAAGGUGCAUGGUGGGAUGGACUUCUUUGACCUCCUGCUCAGGAACCCGGCUGAAACCACCGGUUGCCACAGCAACCAACCAUGUACUAUCACAAUUCAUGAAACCCUGAGCCACGAUGAAAGUGCUGCUGAGGACUUCCUUGAUGUCCUGCUGGGUGGGAGCGACUCCUCCUCUGCUCCAGCAUCCCCCCUGUGGUCACCCUGCACCACCGACAGCGGCAUCAACGAGGACGCACAGACCGACCCCAGAGAGAGCCUCCACCCACCCUUCUGCUCCGUUUUUCCAGCCUUUGACGCGCAACCUUUCCAUCAGCCUCCACCUCCAGAGAACCAGCCAACACCACAUGAACGAACAUCUGAAGUUGCCAUUGAUCUAGGCUGGGAGUCCGAUGACCCCCAAGAGCCGUUUGGCAUCGCACACUACCUCACUACGAACCAAACGUCCAGUCAGACUCUCACAGUGAAGGACCUGCUGCUUUCCAGUCCGGCGCAGCGAAUCCCCCAGCAUUCCCUGCAAGAGCUUGUUCUUAAUGAGGAUGAGAAGAAGCUGCUGGCUAAAGAAGGGGUGAACUUACCCAGCAAACUGCCCCUGUCCAAGGUACAUGAGCAACACACGCACUAACACUUUGAAGAGAGGGUUUUGAAGAAGAUCCGCCGGAAAAUCCGCAACAAGCACUCGGCUCAGGAAAGUCGGAAGAAGAAGAGGGAAUAUGUUGAUAGUCUGGAGGGAAGGAUGUCUGCAUGUGGUGCUCACAACCUCAAGCUGCAGAGAAAGAUCCAGCAGCUGGAGGAGACAAACAAUGCUCUGCUGGAGCAGCUAAGCCAGCUACAGGCCCUCCUUCCUAACAGCUCAAACAGAACAACGCACAGAGGGACCUGCCUCCUGGUUUUACUCCUCUCCUUCUCCCUGCUCAUCUCCUCAAAUCUCCAGCCAGACCCCUACAGCCAACCCGGCCAGGGAGAGUACACACAGACCAAAGUGCCGUCCCGCACCCUGCAGUCGAUGGAUGAAGUGCGAGACGUCCCUCCUAUUCCUCUCUUCUCCAUCUCCAGGGGCUUUGAGGCUCUGUGCAGGCAGAUGGAGAAGCUCUGA